AUGAAGCUGCCGCUGCUGCUGCUGUGUUUGGGACUGACCCUAGUCUGUGACCAUGCAGAAGAAGCUAGUUCCACAAGACAAAACUUUAAUGUAGAAAAGAUUAAUGGGAAUUGGUAUUCUAUUGUCGUGGCCUCUGACAGAAGAGAAAAGAUAGAAGAGCAUGGCAGCAUGAGAGUUUUUGUGGAGAACAUCCGUGUCUUGGAGAAUUCCUUAGCCUUUGAUUUCCAUACCAUUGUAAAUGGAGAGUGCACCAAAAUAUCUUUGAUUGCUUACCCAACAAAAAGGGAUGGUGAAUAUUAUGUCAAGUAUGAUGGACACAAUAUGUUUACUAUACUUCGCACAGACUAUGAUAAUUAUAUUAUUUUUCAUCUCAUUAAUUUCAAUGUUGGGGAAACAUUACAGCUGAUGGAGCUUUAUGGCCGAGAACCAGAUCUGAGUUCAGACAUCAAGGAAGAGUUUGCAGAUCUAUGCGAGAAGCAUGGAAUUGCUAGGGAAAAUAUCAUUGACCUCACCAACACCAUGGACCUGGUAUCUGAACAUCUUCUUGUUCUCACCCUGCAGAUCGCUGUCUCCAGGCCCGAGAUGGAGGAGAGGCCUGAGCCUCCAGUGUUGAGUGGAGACUUCUCACCAGGAUUACAGCAUCAUUCCUUCCUGUCCAAAAGCAUGCUGCAACAAGUUCUGUGAUCUUUCCAUCCUGUCUCACAGAAAAGUGCAAUCCCGGUCUCUCCAGCAUCUUCCCUAGUUACCUAGGACAACUCAUCAAGAACCAAAGACUUUCUUUACAUUUCUCUUUGCUGGGUCCAUGACAAUUCUCCAUGAAUUUCUUCCUUUUUCUGUUCAAUAAAUGAUUGCCCUUGCAGUUAAA